AUGCCGGAGCCGGCUAAGUCCGUCCCGGUUUCCAAGAAGGGGUCCAAGAAAGCUGUAACAAAGACACACAAGAAGGGGGAUAAAAAGCGGAGGAAGGUCCGAAAAGAGAGCUAUUCGAUCUACGUGUACAAAGUCCUGAAGCAAGUCCACCCGGACACGGGCAUUUCUUCAAAAGCCAUGAGCAUCAUGAAUUCUUUUGUGAACGACGUCUUCGAGCGCAUCGCUGGGGAAGCUACUCGUUUGGCUCAUUACAACAAGCGGUCGACUAUCACUUCCCGAGAGAUUCAGACGGCGGUGCGGCUGCUGCUGCCGGGAGAGCUCGCUAAGCACGCCGUGUCUGAAGGCACCAAGGCGGUUACCAAAUACACCAGCUCCAAAUAAACGGC